GUGCGCCGGCUUACGUCAGUGACGUCGCGGCAACACACGAGGAGCCGUUGAGUGAGUGCUGAGUCGGGUUAGCACCGCCACAGCCACCGGGUUCAGCCGGGUCUCCUCCUGCCUCCUAGCCGCCGCCUCUACACCCCCGGGGGGGAAGUCGGUACAGCGCAUCCCUUGCCCCGCCAUUACCCAGCCCAGUCAGCGCACACACCCGGAAAUAAUGGACCCAAGCGACUCAGCUCCGGAUUCCUGGGAACAGGCGGACAUUGACGCCCCGGAGGCCCAGCUCAACUCAUCCCUGGCUCGGCUCAACGUCAACGCCAAACCCUUCGUCCCCAACGUCCACGCCGCAGAGUUCGUGCCUUCCUUCAUAGUAAAGGACAGCAGCGCCACUGCAGACGGGCAGGAGGAGGCUACAACAGAGAAUUCUGCGCAAGAAGAAAAGUCUCAGUCUUCAGAAGGUUCCAAUGCUGUUGUUGGCAUGGAUAUUUCUGAACCUGUUGUAGAAAAUGGGGAGACCGAGAUGUCACCUGAAGAGUCCUGGGACCACAAAGAUGAGCCGAGCGAAGCAGAGCCAGGAGGCGGCUUCUUGGGAGAUAGUGGCUCUUCUGAAGAAGUUGCUCAAGAAAUGAUGGAGGAUGAUGAGGAAGUUCCAAAACCUAAAACUGUUGUUGCACCACCCGAUGCACCCAAAAAAGAACAUGUUAAUGUAGUGUUCAUCGGACACGUAGAUGCUGGAAAAUCAACUAUUGGGGGACAGAUUAUGUAUUUAACUGGCAUGGUGGACAAAAGGACACUUGAGAAAUAUGAAAGGGAAGCAAAAGAGAAGAACAGAGAAACCUGGUACCUCUCAUGGGCUUUAGACACCAACCAGGAGGAACGAGAUAAGGGUAAAACUGUAGAAGUUGGCCGUGCCUAUUUUGAAACUGAGAAGAAACACUUCACAAUCCUUGAUGCCCCUGGUCACAAGAGCUUUGUUCCUAAUAUGAUUGGUGGAGCCUCACAAGCAGAUUUGGCUGUGCUGGUUAUCUCUGCACGAAAAGGAGAAUUUGAAACCGGAUUUGAGAAAGGAGGACAGACAAGAGAGCAUGCCAUGUUGGCAAAAACAGCUGGCGUAAAACAUUUAAUAGUUCUUAUUAAUAAAAUGGAUGAUCCAACAGUAAACUGGAGCAAUGACAGAUAUGAAGAAUGUAAAGAGAAACUUGUACCCUUCUUGAAAAAAGUUGGUUUCAACCCUAAAAAAGAUAUUCACUUUAUGCCAUGUUCAGGUCUGACAGGCGCCAACUUGAAGGAUCCAGUGGAUUUCUGCCCAUGGUACAUUGGGUUACCAUUUAUUCCAUAUCUUGAUAACUUGCCAAACUUCAACAGAUCAUAUGAUGGACCUGUUCGACUUCCGAUUGUGGAUAAAUACAAGGACAUGGGAACAGUGGUUCUUGGAAAACUAGAAUCUGGCUCAAUAUGCAAAGGACAGCAGCUUGUCAUGAUGCCUAACAAGCACACCGUUGAAGUUCUUAGCUUGCUCUCCGAUGAAGUAGAGACUGAGCUUGUAGCACCUGGUGAAAAUCUGAAGCUUAGACUUAAAGGAAUAGAAGAGGAGGAAAUUCUUCCAGGAUUUAUUCUCUGUGACCCAAACAACCUUUGUCAUUCUGGACGCACGUUUGAUGCCCAGAUUGUGAUAAUUGAGCACAAAUCAAUCAUCUGUCCUGGUUACAAUGCAGUAUUGCAUAUUCAUACAUGUAUUGAAGAAGUCGAAAUUACAGCCUUAAUUUGCUUGGUAGACAAAAAAUCAGGGGAAAAAAGUAAGACAAGACCCCGCUUUGUCAAACAAGAUCAAGUAUGCAUUGCCCGCUUAAGGACAGCGGGAACUAUCUGCCUUGAAACAUUCAAAGAUUUCCCUCAGAUGGGCCGAUUUACCUUGCGAGACGAAGGUAAGACCAUUGCAAUUGGAAAGGUCUUGAAACUGGUUCCAGAAAAGGAUUAAGCUUUCCUCUUCACCCUGCACAAUACUGUGAGGAUAUUGACUCUACGGAAGCCUACUUCACAUCGCCUUCUUAUUUUCAGCCCAUUGACAAACUCUAUCCCCUUUUAAACAAAAAAAAGCAGAAAACAACAAGUCCACAUAGACAGCUUUCUCAUAUUGAGAGCUCUGCUAUGCCACUGUUGAAUUCCCUCCCUCAACAUUUUAUUUUAUUCCCUAUUAAAUUCUGCAACCUUUGGAAAGAUUUGGCAAUAGCUUCAUAAGUGAUGUGGAAAAAAAAAUUGCCUACAAGAACAUAAGAUUUUUUUUAAUUAAAUACAUGCAAUACUACCCUGUUAUGUCCAGUACAUAAACACCGUAAUUCUAAGCAAACUCGGAGUAUGUAAGCACAUGUUACAGAGAAAACUACCGUGUUAAUAAAAUCAGUUUAAAACCUUUUUUUUUGUAUUUGAAUUGCUUUUGAAUGCUUUCAUUUUUUUUACCUGAAUGUAACACCUGCUGCAUUAAUUUUUAAAAUUUCCAAGUAUUUUAUUAUACUAUUGGCUUAGAAUUUUUUUUCCAUAUCCGUGAAGUCAGUGGCCCAUCAAGUCAUCAGCAAUUUCGAAAAGCACCCAGCUCUAAGAAACCAAACUGCUCUUUAACUGAAGGUGAUAUUUAAGCAAACUUGACACUGCUUUAAUUGUAACAGUUUUGAUGGUAGACGAUCUGACUGUAACUUUGUUCUGUAUGUAUUGAAAACAUAAGUGGAAAUAGCUCCGGGUAAUCUAUUAAUUCUGGAAUUUUAAGGGAGUGAAUGGCUUUUUAAAAAAAAAUUCAGAUUUCAGAUUUACAAGGAAAACCUAGGUAGCUCUCUCCCCCCCCCCCCCCCCCUCCUCCUUUUAAAAGUUUAUUUUUAAUUACUACCUGGGAAGAGUUAAUUUCUCAGUUUAGGUUCAGUCUUUGUGUUGUAUAAUAUAAAGGCUUGAAUUCUCCUUGCUGCUUAAAGUGUCUGAGAUAAGCAGAGAACUAUCACUGCUGAGCUCAUACAAGUUUGCACAUAUUAUUCCUUUUGGAUAUGGAAGAUGGGUAGAGUCCUGCAACCUGUAAACAUUGCAUAUCAAGAGUUCAGCUUGAGUCUAGAACUGAAAAAGUUAGAGAAGUCUCUGGUUAUUAGUAGGUGACGCAAUAGAAAUUUCUUAAAUUACAACGAUCCUCAGGAUACGAAGAGCAAUAGUGUAGCUAUUUCCAGCUCCAAGAGUCUUACAAGGGGCCAACAGUAAAGACAGUUAUGAUUUUGCUUUAUUAGACAACUUUUUGUUUUUUGUUAGGUUUUUUUGACUUCUGAUUAUGUUUUGGCAUAACUGUAAGAUGUAUUCAGAUGUAAAAAUUCUGAACUCCCAGAAUCCUUCGUAGUCAACAAAUUGGAUUGCCAGAUUGAAAAUAAAAAAAGUGAAGAUUGCUAAACCCUUUGUUUCUUUUGUAUCUGUGGAUUUUUCAUUCAUUUCACAAAUGAGGCUACAUUGUACGACCAGAGAAAGCUAUUGUCCUUCCGUUUCAAAUAAUUACUCUUGUAGCUGCCGUAAUGCAUGAAAUGGAAAUAAAUUUUAUGUCAGCAAA